AUGGCUUUCACACCUAGAGGCGGUCGUGGCGGCGGCGGACGUGGUGGAGGUGGUGACCGUGGAGGUCGCGGUGGCUUCACCCCCCGAGGUGGUCGCGGCGGAUUCGGCGGAGGUCGCGGCGGUGGUGACCGUGGCGGCCGUGGAGGUGGCCGUGGAGGUGGUGGUCGUGGUGCCCCCAGAGGCCGUGGCGCUCCCCGUGGAGGAGGCCGUGGCGGAGCCGGAGCUCGUGGAGGAGCCAAGGUCAUUGUUGAGCCCCAUCGCCACGCAGGUGUUUUCGUCGCUCGCGGAAAGGAGGAUCUCCUUGUCACCAAGAACUUGACCCCCGGAGAGUCCGUUUACGGCGAGAAGCGCAUCAGCGUUGGUGCUAGCACCGCGCCCAAGGACGGCGAGACCGAAGCCCCAUCCAGCACAGAGUACCGUGUCUGGAACCCCUUCCGCUCCAAGUUGGCCGCUGGCAUCUUGGGUGGUGUCGACAACAUCUACAUGGGCCCUGGCUCCAAGGUCCUGUACCUCGGUGCCGCCUCAGGAACAUCAGUCUCUCACGUUGCCGAUAUCGUCGGACCUGAGGGAACCGUUUUCGCUGUUGAGUUCUCCCACCGCUCCGGUCGUGAUCUCAUCAACAUGGCCACUCACCGCACCAACGUCAUCCCCAUUGUUGAGGAUGCUCGUCACCCUCUGAAGUACCGCAUGCUCGUCGGCAUGGUCGACUGCAUUUUCGCCGACGUUGCCCAGCCCGAUCAAGCCCGUAUCGUUGGUCUCAACGCCGGACUCUUCCUCAAGGUUGGAGGUGGUAUCGUCAUCUCCAUCAAGGCCAACUGUAUCGACUCUACUGCUGCCCCCGAGGCCGUCUUCGCACAGGAAGUCACCAAGCUGCGAGAGAUGGGCAUCAAGCCCAAGGAGCAGCUUACUCUUGAGCCCUUCGAGCGUGACCACGCCAUGGUUGUUGGUGUUUACCAGCGUUCGCAAUAG